GAGAAGAAAGCAUGACAUCACUCAGACUUGCUCUCCACCCAAAAAGAUCUGGGAUGGAGGUGCAAACGUGAGCUGGACAAGCGAGGAGUUAGCAAGUCUUUUCAGUUCAUUUCCCAGGGAGAGAGUGAGAGCUCUAUGCUUUAUGCGCUAUAAGGAAGUACUUUUUCUUGCUCGCAAAACCAAAGCUGGCUUCGGAUCUCUGACAUCGUGAAAGUAAUUGAAGGGAAAAGACAACCAUAGGAAGAAAGUUGAAAACAAGAUCUUUUCUUUUUGGCACAGAUUCUAACAGAAAUAUUUGACUUCUUUCCAUGGAACGGUACAACUUUCGGAUCUGAUGCACGUUGCUUUUAAUUCUUCCGCAAUCACAGUAAUUUAUUUAUGGUUAAAUGAAGAGAUCAAAGUGUGAAGCGAGCAAAUACUACUUAAAGGGUCGGAAGGAUAUUUUACCAUCCCUGAAGGAACAGACUUCGUGAUCCUACAUGGAAAAUGUCCCUUUUAACACAAAAAGUAGCUGAGGAAAACUUAUGAUUGAAAACUUGCAGGAAUUUGAUCUCGGCUGUACUUCUAACCUUACACUGACGAUGAAGAAUUUAUUAUCUCUGCUUUGCUGUCGUUAUUCUUUGCUGAUUUUAUUUCAGUUCAAAUAUCAGGUGUAUGGAAACUACUCCCAGCUACUCGAACACCCAGGGUUCAAAGUUUUCUCAUCAGCUUCCCAUUACUGGCCGCUGGAAGACGUGGAUGGAAUUCAUGAGUUUCGGGAUACGAAUGGAGCUCUAAGAAUCCACAACUUCACUGUGCUUCCUUCCCAUAACUCUACUUUUGUAUAUACCAAUGACUCUGCCUACUCUAACUUCUCUGCAACUGUAGACAUUGUAGAAGGAAUGGUGAACAAAGGAAUUUAUGUUACUGAAAAGAAAGGAGUUACCUUUCUCUUCUUUGGAAGAUAUCAAAAUUCUUGCAUUAGUAACCCAGAAGUUUGUGGACCUGAAGGAGUAACGUUUUCCUUUUUCUGGAAGACUCAAGACCAGCAGACGAAGUUUCCCCCUGCCUCUGGUGGGCAGGUGAUUUCCAGUGGCUUCAAAAUCUGUUCAAGUGAAGGUGAAGGCUCAGUAGAGUUUUAUACCCGUGGGAAUGCAAUGAUGAAGUGGAAAGCAAGUUUCAGUCCACCAGGUCCUUAUUGGACUCAUAUUCUCUUCACUUGGAAAUCAAGAGAAGGACUGAAGGUCUACGUCAAUGGAACUCUAAACACAACUGAUCCAGAUGGGAAAGUUUUCUAUGAUUAUGGAGACCCCAGUGCAAAUCUGCUGACUGGAACAGAAGGGGAUCAAACGAAGCGCUAUGUGAAUGGAGCAUUUGAUGAAUUCAUUAUAUGGGAAAGGGCACUCACCCCCAAUGAAAUUGAGCAGUACUUUACAGCUGCUAUUGGUGUGCAAUUUUUGCUCUCUUCAACUCUUUCAUGGUCUACGAUGACAACUACUACAAAACCUGUGCUGUCUACAAAUGCCUAUCAUCCCAUCAUAACUAAUCUGACCAAAGAGAGAGGCAACUUCCACUCCUCUGACAUCUUGCUGGAAUACCUGGAGAACGUCUCAUUCAGCUUGCCCAACAAAUCCUUGUCAGAAAAUACUGCUCUAAGCCUGACAGAGGCAUUUUUAAAAGUUAUUGAAGACUUUCUGCUAUUACCCAACUGGCUUGAAAUACCUGAGACUGCUCACAUAUUUGGAAGCUUAAUUCAAACUAUUGACAGUGUGAUGGUGCAUAUGACACGCAAUCUGGAAGAAAACUCACUGUCUCUAACUGUUGAGGGUUCAUCAUCCGUAGCAGACUACACUUUGGCCAAAAUGCAUCCCAAGACUCUGAAUUUGUCCCAUUAUCGCUUUCCAUCUCGAGGACAGAGCUUCAUUUCUAUUCCCAGUGAAGCUUUUCAAGAAAGAGCUUGGAUUACCAUUGUCGGCAUGUUUUACCAUAACAUGCACUACUACUUUCAUAGUAUCAACCCUAUGGAUACCAAGAUUGCCGAAGCUGCUGCUUACAAAGGCUAUAUGAUCUCAGCAGCCAGUUAUCUCAUCUCUAUCAAAGUAGAUCCUCCUCCCAAGUUGUCCCACAACCUGUCAGGAUCUCCUCUUAUUACCAUCCAGCUCACCCACAGAUUGACUCCCAGGCAAUACAGCCUAGCACUAAACAAGAGUAACAGAGUCCAUCUUUACUGUGCGUUUCUGGACUACAGCAAUGGAACUGGUGUUUGGUCUAAUGAAGGUUGUGUGCGUGACAGCGGGGACCUCAACUACUCAGUGUGCCUUUGUAACCACCUCACUAAUUUCGCCAUUCUGAUGCAAGUGGUGCCUCUGAAGCUAACAAGAGAACACCAGGUGGCCCUCUCCUCCAUCACUUACAUUGGCUGUGCUCUGUCCAUCUUCUGCUUGACGAUCACGCUGGUCACAUUUGCUGUAUUGUCGUCUGUGAGCACCAUCCGCAACCAACGCUAUCAUAUCCACGCCAACCUGUCCUUUGCUGUCUUGGUAGCUCAGAUCCUGCUUGUCACCAGUUUUCAGUUCAGUCCUGGAACGGUGCCUUGCAAGAUCUUGGCCAUUCUCCUUCAUUUCUUCUUCCUGAGUGCUUUUGCAUGGAUGCUGGUGGAAGGAUUUCACCUCUACAGUAUGGUGAUCAAAGUAUUUGGGUCAGAAGAGAGCAAGCACUUAUAUUAUUAUGGAAUUGGAUGGGGCUGCCCAUUGGUGAUUUGUGUAAUUUCUGCAACGUCGUCCUUAGACAGCUAUGGAGAAAGUGACAACUGCUGGCUUUCCCUAGAGAAUGGAGCAAUCUGGGCUUUUGUGGCACCGGCGUUGUUUGUAAUUCUGGUCAAUAUUGGUAUUCUCAUUGCUGUUACUAGAGUUAUCUCAAGAAUCAGUGCAGAUAACUAUAAGGUCCACGGAGAUGCCAAUGCCUUCAAACUAACAGCUAAAGCUGUUGCAGUUCUCUUACCAAUCCUGGGAAGCUCGUGGAUCUUUGGGAUUCUGGCCAUCAAUGCCCACACAUUAAUAUUUCAGUAUAUGUUUGCUGUUUUCAAUUCACUACAAGGGUUUUUCAUGUUCCUGUUUCACUGUCUUCUGAAUUCAGAGGUUAGAGCUGCUUUUAAGCACAAAACCAAGGUGUGGUCCCUCACCAGUAGCUCGGCUCGCAACAUCAAUGUAAAACCCUUCAAUUCUGACAUUAUGAGUGGGAACAGGCCAGGCACAACCCCCACAAAGCUGAACACCUGGGAUAAAAGCACCAAUUCAGCCAACCGCAUUGAUUUAUCAGCAGUCUGACAGCAGUGCCAGCUUCUCAGUGAAAAUCAAGCCAUACAUUCAGGACCUCUGACACAAUGUCCACCAGUAUUUUCUCACUGUUAACACCAGUAGAAAACUGCUUUUUUAUCACUGACUAUUAGAUUGGAAAUUGCUGUAUUGUUUCCUUGACUAAAUAGCCCUAUUCUGUGUGUCUUCGGAACUGUACCACAUUCUACCACUUGCCUAUUAGUGUUAUCAGUAAAAGUAAAUAGCACAAAUAUACACUGGAUGGUUUUGUCAGCAUUGAUGAAAACACUAGGUAUGCAAAAAGGGUUUACUGCCAUCUGAACCUCUCCAGAUCCCAGAACAGAGGAAAGUCAGCGUACCUUGGGAAAGAUGGAUUUUCAUGCUCUAAAAUGAAAUGUUUCCCAUUGUGACAUUGUAAUGGGGCUAUCCUGGUCUUGCUGUGCACACUUUGUUUACACUUAUUACCUUACAGAGUCCAGUUAUUGAAGUGAAACAUUCAAAAUACACAGUGUGGUGAUUCAUUUAAAUGCUACAAAGAAACUGAGACUUGAGGGAGGAGCAAAUCCAGGCUACUCAGCUCCCAGAUAUGGGUGUGGAAUUAGCAAAGCUGAGCAGCACAUAUGUCUCUAUACAUACAAACAGCACGUGUAACAUGCAAUACUUCUAUACAUGAACCUAUUAGUAUUUUAGAUAUUGCUGUUUACAACAUAUCUCUAGAAGGCAGAAAAGGCUAUGGUUGUCCUGUAGCAGUCCACACCGUCUAUCACUGAUUUGUGUCUGCUGACAUAUUGCAAUACGAAGUAUUUGUAUUGCUUUGUCUGAAGCUUUGGAUGCAAUCAACAACUGUCCAUCAAUUGCGUUUUGCAAAUGCAUUAAUUGUAGCUUUUGGAAAAUCAAAGCCUGGCGCUGUGACUUAUGCUUCUCCUUUUACUUGUCAGAUUGGGACACUGAACUGCAACCACAAAAAUGUUACACAAUGGUAUACUGUGAAGACUGCCAGACUACAAAUAAGUCUGUAUAUUGUUACCUACAGGCAACUUUUAAAUAGAUCUCCACUGAGUGUUCUGUGGUUUUAAACUUGCUCAACACCUAAUAACUUCUGCUUUAGUACUGCUAUGAAGUAUCUUUAGGGGAAAAAAAGAAUGCAUUUUUCCCUUAGACUAGUGUUUUGUAUGUUCACCACAGUGACCUUUGGAGUACAAGGGGUGCAAUCUGGGCUGUGCCAAUGAUGCAACCUUCCAGCUGCGGUAAAGCAGGCUAUAAGCCCCAGAGGUGGUCAGAGCCCCUAAAUACAUAUAAUACUGGUCUAGGAUUUACUCAGCAGCCAGAGUCCCAAAAAGUAGUUUUCAGUGAUGAUGAGACUCCAACACAGAGAGGCUGUGCCAUGUCUCCUUGUCCUGAGUUUCUCUGCAAGACACCUGGCCACCAAACCUCUACACAAUGUGGACAUCUGGUCCCAGUGAAUCUAGCAAGAUAUUUGCCUGUGAUUUCAGAGAGAAAAGAUAUUUGCACUGUGAUUUGCAGGGUAGAAAUUGUUUAUUGCACAGUAAAGUUGUGAAAAAAAAAAUCAACUGAACUUUAGGAACAGGAAGCAUUCAUCAGUUAGGACUGAAUGUAGUGAAAAGUUUCAUCCAAAAGCAAUGAAGUUGGAACUUCAGAAAGCAUUGAUACAUUUCAUUUGUUAUUGAUCCAAAACAAGUUUUCUCCAUGUUUUCUGUCUGCACUAAGAGAAAAUGAACUAUUUCAGUUUGGUUCAAGCUUUUCCAUCCCCUCUGCUUCCUUACCUACCUUACCCUGCCAUCCUUACCAAGGCUUGGCAUGGUCACCAAACUGAAAGCCCACAGUCCCCCCAUGUCUGUCUGUGGCUACAAAUUAAAAAAGUCUACAGAAAGUAUCUUGGUUUCUCCAGACCUACACUGAAUUUCUGCAGCUAGAACAUAGCAGAGUGUGACACACUGCAUACGCACACAUAUGUGCAUAAAAUGAUAGGCUUCUAAUCUUGCGUUGCCAGUUGGUAAAUAAACUCAAGUUGUUGACAGCUAGAGAGGGUCAGUAAAAGCUAAAUGUCUAAAUGGCUGUGUCCUUCUUUCAGCAUUUGUGUAUAGCUUUUUCUUAGUUUUUUAUAAGUUGGACUGUCUUUCAGCUGUACAAAUAUAUUGACUCUUCUUGGUCUGAGAAUGUUACGUUUUCUUUUGUUCAUCUGUUUGGUUUGCCCCAAAAGAUACAGUAGAAGGAGUUCUCAGAAUGUAUGGAGAAGACUGUAACUGUACUGUGAUAGCAGAGUUCAAAGUGUCUAUUUUGUGUGCAGACAACGUAUUUAAGCAUAUUUUUUUGAUACUGGAGCAUGUGUGUUGUUUUUUUUUUUGUCUGUUUGUUUUAACACUGUGAUCAUGGGUAUCGAUUUAAACCCUCCUUCAUAACUUCCAUUCAUUGUAGUGUAACAUAAAAAGGACAUAUCAAAGCUUUUUUUUUUAAAUCUUAUUUUUGAAGACUUGUUCUUUCUACACAGUUUUCAUUGACUGCCUUUCCUCCUGUGCUGGCUGUAUAUUGGCCACCCAUAUCGCUGCCCAAGAUCCAACUGAAAACAACACAUGACAUACAAAUGACAAUACCAAAUGACAGUGAUACAAGGAGCUAAAUCUGGGCUUCAUUCAAGUAUAUACCAGAUUUUAAAAUUGUUUAUCAAAGAGAAGAACAUGCAAAUGUUCUUGGUUUUGUACCACAAAAUGUGCUGUAGACGUGUUAGAUAUUAAAGGAGCAUUAUUAUCCUUUAUCUACUGUGAUCCACUGAGGAUAACCUGUGUCCCAUGCUUUAAUGUUUGAACUUGACUUGUGAUGAAGCAGUAUACAUCUUGUUUAUGUCACAUGAGGUUAGGAGUUAGAACAUGGUAUUUAUGUUAGUUUGGGGCUGGGGUUUCUUAUGUUUUUGAUAGACUGAUGAAAAAAACCACAAAAAACAUUUUCCAUCUAAAUCUGUUCUUUUUGUUUGAUUCAAUGUAUUUGUUGUUAGUGAAUGCAGCAAAUGUACUGAAUAAGAAAUGUAUAAAUGAAUCUUUAAACAGUCGCUUUCUGUCCUCAGUCUUUGAAGCCUGGAAAUCUUGCAGUUUAUUUAUGGGCAUGUAUACUGUGGCUUUUGCAAUAUUUUUUUUUUCAGGACAGCAUCAUUUUGUCAAUGGCAUGAAAUCUUAAUUGAAUGAGAUGUGAGUUUUAACAUAUGUAAUGUAGUAGGAAUGACUUUGCCAGUAAGUAGGAAAAUAAUUAAGUUUUGUUGUGUUGGUUUUUUUUCUCAGAUAAAUAAGAAAUCUUAAUUUCCUAAAAUAA